AUGCUGGCUGAGACUCGGUGACAGCGUGAGAGGGUACUCUGUUUGAUAAGUUGGCAUCAUGCGUGAGUAUAAGCUAGUCAUUCCUGGCUCAGGAGGCACUGGAAAGUCUGCUCUGACUGUACAGUUUUUUCAAGGCAUUUUUGUUGAAAAAUAUGACCCUACGAUAGAAGAUUCUUAUAGAAAGCAAGUUGAAGUAGAUGCACAGCAGUGUAUGCUUGGAAUUUUGGAUACUGCAGGAACGGAACAAUUUACAGCAAUGAGAGAUUUAUACAUGAAAAAUGGACAAGGCUUUGCUUUAGUUUAUUCCAUCACAGCACAAUCCACAUUUAAUGAUUUACAAGAUCUGAGAGAACAGAUUCUUGGAGUUAAAGACACUGAUGAUGUUCCCAUGAUUCUGGUUGGUAAUAAAUGUGACUUGGAAGAUAAAAGAGUUGUAGGAAAGGAACAAGGUCAGAAUCUAGCAAGACAGUGGAACAACUGUGCAUUCUUAGAAUCUUCUACAAAAUCAAAAAUAAAUGUUAAUGAGAUCUUUUAUGACCUAGUGUGGCAAAUUAACAGAAAAACUCCAGUGCCUGGGAAGGCCCAUAAUGAGUCAUCAUGUCAGCUGCUUUAAUAUACUAAAUGUAUUGUAGCUCUGAACUGUUGCCCAAUUCAACAGUGCCAGCAUUCCAACUUCGUUAAACCUUCAUCCACCAAUGUUGUACAUGUAUGAAAAUGGUGUACUGUAUACUUUAACACACCCAUUACUUUGAGAGUACAAUAAUGUAAAUCCUAAAAGCACCACUAUUUUAGCAUAAUACAAGAAAGUCCAAAGAGCUUC